UUAAAGUAUCCCAUGAUAAUAAUCACAGGAUAAAUAGUUUCAUAUGUCUUAAAAUAUGUUAAUUCUCCAGGCGUACAUGCCAUGCUUUAGUUCAUCCCGACAGUGGGUAGAAUAAGAAAAGGGUUGAGAAUAUACGUACGGUCCAUAGAUGGCAGCCGAACACGAAGCAAUAGGCGGCGAAAGAUGAAAGUUCUUGAUCCUCAAGACCCUCUUCUUCAUAAGUGGAACAAAAUAUUUAUAGUUUGUUGUGUGAUUUCCUUAUUCCUGGAUCCGCUUUUCUUCUACGCACCAGUGGUUGAUGCCAAGAACCUGUGUCUAUCCCUGGACAAGAAACUGGAGAUCUCUGUUUGUGUUCUUCGUACAUUCUUUGACAUUUUCUAUGUGCUUCAUAUUGUUUUGGAGUUUCUUACUGGAUUCGUUGCCCCUUCUUCUCGAGUGUUUGGGAGGAGCGAGAUAAUCGAUAAUGGUAGAGCAAUAUGCUUACGUUAUCUCUAUUCCUACUUCAUCCUAGACAUUUUAUCAAUUCUUCCUCUACCUCAGGUAACCGUGAUGACCAUUGUAAAUGCCCCAAUUUCCCUGGCCACAAAAGACCUCCUUAAGAUGCUUAUUUUCGCGCAAUUCUUCACAAGAAUUCUUCGGAUUUAUCCCUUAUACAAGGCGGUCAAUAGAAGUUCACGCAGAUUUAGUCGAACGGCCUGGCCUGCAGCCGUUUACAAUCUCCUUCAAUGCAUCCUUGCCAGUCAUGUGUUUGGAGCACUGUGGUACGUGAUCGCGAUAGAACGCAAGGAGAGAUGUUGGCGGAUGGCAUGUGGUGAUCAUAACGGUUGUAAGUUAGAGGAUCUUUAUUGCGGAGUGGGCCGUGGAGACACUUCAUUUCUGAAUUCUUCAUGUCCGCUUCUUGAGCCUGACCAGAUAAUGAGCCCUGCAGACUUUGACUUCGGCAUGUUUCUUCAUGCUCUUAAGUCUCAUGUGGUUGAACAAACAGACUUCACUAGGAAAUUCUUCAAUUGCUUUUGGUGGGGCUGGCGAAAUUUGAGUUCAUUGGGUCAGAAUCUGAAUACAAGCAAUUCUGUAGGAGAGAUUAUUUUUGCCCUGCUCAUGUCCGUCACUGGGCUGGUUCUGGUUGCGUCAGUCAUCAGCAGCAGCAUACAGCAAUUUGUACAGUCCAUCACUGGUAGGUUAGAAGAGGUGAGAAUGAAGCGUCAGGAUAUUGAACAAUGGAUGUCCCAGCGCAUGCUUCCAGAGGGCUUGAGGGCUCGUAUACGACAAUACGAGCAAUACAAAUGGCAACAAAAAAGAGGCGUUGAGGAAGAAUCCUUGAUCAGUAAUUUUCCUAAGGAUUUAAGGAGGGACAUCAAGCGCCAUCUCUGCUGGAAUUUAUUAACAAGAGUGCCGCUGUUUGAGAGAGUGGAUGAGCAGCUGCUGGAUGUAAUGUAUUCUCGUCUAAAGCCUGUUCUCUAUGUGGAGAACAGCUAUAUUUUUCGCCAGGGAGAUCCUGUCGAUGAGAUGCUAUUCAUAAUGAAAGGUAGCAUAUUGUCAAUGUCCACAAACGGUGGCACAACUGGUUUCUUCAACUCGUUUCAUCUAACCGCCGGAGACUUCUGUGGAGAAGAACUUCUGACAUGGGCUCUAGAGGACAACUCUUCUUCCAGCCUUCCUGUCUCAACCAGAACCGUGCGGGCCUACAGAGAUGUUGACUGUUUCUGUUUAACGCCGGAUGACUUGAAAUAUGUCAUGUCCCAAUUUAAACGUGUUCACGGCAAGCAGCUGCAGCACACUUAUAGGUAUUAUUCCCAGCAGUGGAGGACAUGGGGUGCCUGUUUUAUACAAGCAGCAUGGCGUCGGCAUUACAGGAGGAAGAUCGAAAAGACGCUGCGAGAAGCAGAAGACAGACUGCAGAAUGCAUUGGCCAAGGAAGGAUCAGGGAGUUUGCCGAGCCUUGCUGCAACCGUUUAUGCAUCAAGAUUCGCCACCAAUAUGCUAGGAAACUUGCGACGUAAUCAUCCACGUAACACAUUCCAUCUCCAAAAUUACCACCUCUACUGCUUCACAAGCCAGCUGAGCCUGAUUUUAGUGCAGAAAAUCCUUCAUAAAGCUCGGUGAUUGUCAGAAUAGUUACGGGAGGAAGAAAAAAUUGAGUUCUCUAAAUCUUGAUUUUAUGCCCGGAAAAGAAACAUUCUCGUCCUAUAACUUUGGUUUGAAUUCACAUUGGUCCUUCAUCUUUCGUAAUAUUAGAUUUAGUGUUUUUAUCUAUCAAUUUUGUGUAAAUUUGGUCCUUUACACUAAUUUGACUUUUUUACUCUUUUGA